AUGAGGGAGAAUACAGACGGUUUUCGCCUGAGAACUGCCGAUGGUGCCAGUAACCAGUGUCAUGUCGGGGCUUUCCGUCCGAACUUCGGCUCUGUAUCACGUGGCUUCUCCGUCCCCUAUCAAAAAAAUUUCUCGAUCGCUAUACUUCUCCCUCUGCAUCCUCACAGUCUAACAUCCACCAUCAUUAUGGAUGGCACCGGGAAGGGUUUACUUUUGAAAGCAGAUCCGAUUGCAGCCUCUUUCCGAGAGGAAGUGCAAUCAACUCUUGUUCAACGCGAUCGACCUCCAAAACUCAUAGGGAUCCUUGCGACCUCUUCUGAACCCAGUCGAAUGUACUCCGAGUUCACCAAGAAACAGUGUGAAGCUCUGGGAUUUGAAUACAUCCUUAAGAAGACGGGGGCUGCCUUAUCAUCAGAUCUUGCGGAAGGCGAAGGGGUCGAAGAGGCGAUUGUAGAAGCAAAUGAAGACGAGCGCGUUGACGGAGUCUUGGUGUAUUUCCCGAUUUUUGGGGUUCAGCAGGAUCACUAUCUGCAACAGGUGGUCUCACCGCUGAAAGAUGUGGAGGGUCUACACUUCAAGUUCCAUUACAACCUCUACCACAAUAUCCGUUUUCUUCGCCCCCAGUUCUUGACGGUCACCACCCAUUCAAACGACGCCGGUCUGACGGUCGCAGAGAAUGACGAACCACCGGCAGGAAUGGUGAAAUCUAUCAUUCCGUGUACACCAUUAGCCAUCGUCAAGUGCCUUGAAUAUGUGGGAGUGUACAAUAAAAUCCUGCCUUAUGGCGACCGCGCCUACGGUAAAACGGUCUGUGUCAUCAACCGCUCGGAAGUCGUUGGCCGUCCCCUUGCAGCGCUGUUGGCUAAUGAUGGAGCGAGAGUAUUUUCAGUUGACAUAGAUUCUAUUCAGGAAUACAACAAGAGGCCCUCAGCUGAGGUGUCAUCUCAAAGGCAAUACUACCCGAGGCAUGUCGUGCGACCUAGUAAUCUCUCUUUACAAGAGUGUAUUGCUCUGUCAGACGUCGUCAUUUCCGCCGUACCGAACGCAAAUUACAAAGUGUAUACGGCGUGGUUAAAAGACGGCUGUGUGUGUGUCAAUGUCGCCGCAGAGAAGAAUUUCGAGAGUAACGUAAGGGAGAAGGCUUCAAUAUACAUCCCUGCAGUGGGCAAAGUGACCAUUCUCAUGUUACUUAGAAACCUAUUGAGGUUGCAACACUACAAGACUAUAUUGCAAACCACACCUUGA